GCAGUAAAGCAGCCAUCAGGGAAGCGAUUGAGCGUACUGAAGUUUACAAAUACAUGCUGUUCCUGUCCUCAGGGUUCGCUCAGAAAAACUUCCAGAAAUAUACAAGGCCUUGCAUGCCAUCAAGCUUGCCGAAGCUGGACUUUCUGAUCGUGCUCAUGAGUAUGGUGUAUGCAUUGCUACAGCAGUGAUCGCUUCAUCCAUCAGCGUCUCGGGGCAGCUGAAGGGACUGAUGAUGAUGUUAUAUAAAAUGCUGCACCAGAAGAAGACAGAAGACCCCAAGUGGCCACUGCACACAAGCAAAGCAUUCUGACAAUUUCCUUCACCAGUCCUAUGAGAUACCUCCUACUCUGCAUGUUCUUGACCAAGAGCAGUCCUUCUCACACAGCUGCCAUAACGUCUCUUGGGAAUCUGAGGACUCUGAAUGUGGCCUAAUGUCUGGUCAGACUCCUGCAUUCCAGCUUCCUACUAAGAGAUGAUCGUUACACCACAGGAAGUGUUAGAGUCGCGGUACAUUCAGGGAGAGCUGCUGGGACAAGGAGGCUUCGGCUAUGUGUUUGCAGGAGUCCGUAAGGAGGAUGGGAAACAGGUUGCUAUUAAAUAUGUCCACAAGACAAGCGAUGACAAAUACAUCAACAUUCCCGGAGAGAAGGACCCCCUCCCUCUGGAAGUAGGCUUGAUGCUGAUGACGUCCACGCAGAGUCACUGUGAAAAUGUAGUAGAGCUGCUGGAAUGGUUUGAUGUGACUGAGUGGAUCAUCCUGGUUCUGGAGCGACCCAGUCCCUGCAUGGACCUGCAAGAGUAUUGUAGUUCUUACUACAAUAAUGAAAUGCCGGAAACACUGGUUCGUGACAUCAUGUGGCAGGUGGUUCAGGCUGCUCGUCACUGUUGUGACCAUGGAGUUCUGCAUCGUGACAUCAAGUCCGAGAAUCUUCUCAUCAACACCGAGACAUUGCAAGAACUCCUGUUUAUUCUCCUCCUGACUGGAUACAUGACAGACGGUGUCUGGGACGUUCUGCUACUGUCUGGAGUCUGGGUGUGCUCCUGUAUUACUUGCUCCAUGGAGACCCAGUCCCUACAUGGACCUGCAAGAGAGGGUGUGUUGAACUGAUCCAUGACCAAUUCAUCAACCUGCAUAAAGGCAAGGCUCUUGGCUAGGCUACUGUGGGAUGGGAGAAAGGUGAUGCAUGUGCAUGUUCAUAAUCACAAAAUGAGAGACCUGAACUGAGGACCGCCGACAUCCUGGCUGCCAUUAAUUUUGAACUCUUGUAAUUGGUGGUGGAUUCAGCUUGAGUAGAAUAGUGGAGAUGCAUGUGCAUGUUCCUGAUGGUACUGAACUGUAGCAUUUUCAUGUGCAUAUAACAGCUUACUAAUACCUGCAAUGUAAAUUCAUGGUGGAGGAUUGUAAUUAGACAUUUUAGUUGGUGGAAGUAAUCUGGUAAAAAUGCAGAAAACAUUCAAGCUAGUUGCUUCAGGCCCGAUGGGACAGUCAAGCACUACUGCGAAACCAACAGACUGGUCGUUAUGUUUCUUGUGCCAAACAGAUGAUGCAGGAUUAGGUGAACUGAAAUGUCCAGCAAGGAGAACAGAAGAAACAUCUGGUUAUGAUUACAUUGCAAAUAAUCUUUCAGAAUUUGACAAAAUCAAUCGUGUGCCUAUGAAUAUAAAUCCGAAUAGGUUGAAUGAUGGUCAGGGCAUAGUAGAGACACUCAAGGCUCAUAAAGCUGUGUACCAUAAAGUCUGUUAUGACAGAUGUAACAAACAAAAGCUUCGAGUGUAUAAGAUGUCCUUUGUUAAUUCCUUGAAUAAAACUUUU